AUGCCCCUGACGAAUCUCCAGUCCUCCUGCGCCCUCGCCCGAGCCGCCGACGCGACAAGCCGCAGCUUUCUUGCAAUUCCUGCCGCCAGCGAAAGCGAAAGUGUGACCGCCAAAAGCCUUGUUCUCAUUGCAUUACAAUUGCACGCUAUCUCGCCCACUGCCCAGCACCUUCACGAAGAUAGCAGCACAUCUGUCAGCGAGCUAGGUGGGUUGGCGACGCCAAGCAGUUCCGCUUCCGUUCCAUCGCCAGAGGCUACAGAUUUGAAAUUAACCGAGUCCGGAACUGGCUUUAAAGAUUCAACCCACUGGACCUCCGUGCUGAGCGGCGUGAUAGAGGCAAAGGGCCAAAAUCAUCCGCUAGGCGCGAUCCAAUCGGAGCCUGCAUUCGACGAGGGUUCAUCACCACUCGAUCAGAAUGUCCUCCUCUUUGAGGGGUUCAAACAUGCAACUAAUCAAGAUCUCCUCGGUUCAAUGCCGUCCAGGAAAGAAUCCGACGGAUUGGUCGCACUCUACUUUCGAGCUCAGGAAUAUCGGUCUGUAAUACAUCCGGCCGAGUUUUUGAAAAGAUAUAACGCAUUCUGGGAGAAUCCUAGUGCUACAUCCGUCUCCUGGCUCGGCCUCUUGUACAGCAUCUUCUGCCUCACCAGUCAAGUCCAGAGCCAAGAGAAUGGCCGGGCCAGAGCCCAGAACAACUGGUCAUCUGCCUGGUCCCCCACAGUCUUAUAUAAGAUAUUGAGAUAUCGAGAAAAGGUCGUCCAGUGCCUAGUCCAGGGUCAGUUUGCCAAGGGGGGUCCUGACAUUAUGGAAACCCUUGUUCAUUACCUCUUGAUCGAGAGCUACUUGAACAGAGUCUCCAACAUUGGAGUCUGGCUCUUGAUGGGCAACAUUGUCCAAAUAGCUAUCCGCAUGGGCUACCAUCGAGACCCGCAGCACUUCAAGUCCCUAUCCCCUUACCAGGGAUUCGCAACGCAGAUGGGCCUCCCUAGCAGCAUCAAGCACUCGCUUAGCGACACUCUGCCGCCCCGAAACCUACAGGAUCGCGAUUUUGACGCCAGAUCGACUGGCCUGCCGCCCGCGAGACCCAUCGACGAACUCACCUCAAGCACCGUGAUCCUCGCCAAGCUUCACGUUGCCACCAGUUUGGGCGUCAUAUUAGACAAGGUAUGCAGUCCUCACCGGCUAUCACACGAGGACCUCGUCGCGGCGAAUUCAACACUAGACAUAACUCAUGCGACCAUUCCCGACCCAUGCAAAUUCCGACCCAUGUCCGAAUCUCUACUGGACCCUCCAAGCGUCUUAUUUCAGAGAGCCCGGAUCCUAGUCAACUGGAAGUUCCUCAGUACCUCGAAGGAUACGACUCGCAGCAAUCAGUGCUGGAGUAUCGUAAUCGAGGCGGCCUUGAAGAUCAUGCGGCUGCAGCACCGCAUGGCGGAGGAUUCCGAGGUCUUGGAUGAGUUCCGCCCUACUGGUAUGGUCGACUCGUGCUUUAUAAAUAAUGGGUACUUUCUAGCCGCAAGUAUCGCGUGCUUUCUCGUGCAGCAUCGCAAGGACAGAUUGUCGGUCCAGGAUCUAUUGGAAGUGCAAAUUCUGCUGGAAAAGAGUCUAGCCAUCUGGAGCUGCACAAAUGACUUGUCGAGAGAAGCAAGCAAAGUGGUCACGGCUCUGAGAGUCGUACUCGGAAAACCCGAGGAUCCCUGUACAGACACUACAAUAGAAGGAAGGGCGUCAUCUCAAGCAGGCGGAGGUGAGAACCCAACACAUCAUUGCAAAGACUCGGAUCUAACUGAGCUUGUGCGCGCCAUCCCAGAUACCUUUGGCAGAAGUCAGAUGGCGUUUUCCAGUUGCACCUCUUUCUUUGAUGACCUGCCUUUGAUGAUUACAGACGACGAUACUGCAGCUUUGCCUUCACUGUCAUCCAUUCCUAUGAUACAUUAUUGGCCACAGGUAUAA